GCUCUGUACGGGUGACCGUGUAAGAUGUGGAUUCCUCUGUGGACAUCGAGUUCUUAACUAGCGCCGCUUUGGUUUUGACUUAUUUAGGGGUGAAAAAUGGUGCAGCGCCUGACGUACCGCCGUAGGUUGUCCUACAACACAGCUUCCAACAAGACCAGACUGUCCCGAACACCCGGGAACAGGAUUGUUUACCUUUACACCAAGAAAGUGGGAAAGGCCCCCAAGUCAGCAUGUGGGAUUUGCCCAGGAAGACUUCGUGGUGUCCGUGCUGUGCGCCCCAAAGUUCUGAUGAGGCUGUCAAAAACGAAGAAGCACGUCAGCAGAGCCUACGGCGGCUCCAUGUGCGCCAAGUGUGUCCGUGACAGGAUCAAACGAGCUUUUCUUAUCGAGGAGCAGAAGAUCGUUGUGAAAGUGUUGAAGGCACAAGCACAGAGCCAGAAGUCAAAGUGAAUCUAUUUGUAGUUUCAGCCCAAUAAAUAAAAUCUCCACUUC